CGCUUUAAAGACUUCGACCCCGAUCUUAGACCUGAUUUUCCUUGUCCAAUUCUUUCUUCGAUUUUUCAGAAAAAAUAUUUUUAUCUUUUAUUUUUUUAUUUUCCCUCAAUCUGUGAAGAAGGAAGCGGCAAUGGCGGUACUUGAAGAUGGGAGAGCUUCUGAGAAGAGAUCAGGCGACGAUGGCGAUGAUUUGCCCAUCUUCAAUGCUGAGAAUCUACAGAGCAACAUGAAAUCCAUCUACUACAG